AUGCAGUUGUUAGACGCUCCGAUUCUGUAGACAAUAGGUUGGCAAGGUAUGUAGUACUAGAAAUAAAUUGCUACGUAAGAGCACUUUAUUGUAUACAUUGGUUAAAUACCGCAUCAAAAGAUGAACUUCAUCUCGAUCUAAGAAGAAUUUUUGACAUGUACAUAAAGAUCAUGAAGCUACCCAGAUACAGAAAAGCUUUACAAGUUUUUGCGAAAUUAUCAAAACUGAAAUACACGCAUAUCUACCUUUUUCAAUCCCUUCUGAACGAAAUCGUCCAUGAAGAUGAGUUUACAAAACUCUGGAAGAAGAUAAGCCAUGAUAGCCAUGAAGACCUGGAAGAUAUAACUGAUUACGACAUUUGGAGCGCGCCUAGUAAAGUUUUAGAUGAUAACAAGAAUAGAUAUAAGAAGAACAAGAAAAAGCAAGAAGCGGAAAGCAUUAAAGUACAAACGCCUACUAUUAGAAAUCAAUUUAAAGAUGACCUUUCACCAAUUAUCACAAACAGCCAACCAAUUAUUAAUUUUCAUGACAAGAAAGCAUCAACAACACAUCACCAUUCAGUUGACUCUAUAUUAAGUGCUCUUAAAAAUGUCACUAGAAAUAUCAGUCUUUUGCAAGAACGAAAACGAAGUAAACGUCGAAAUGAAGAAGAAGGUUGUAAUUGCAGAAAGUACGUAAAGGGAAACACCACACACACAACUCCAAGUAAGCCAGCUGAUGAAUGCACGCUUUGGUUACAUGGCUAUAAAUACUACAUUUUGAAUCUCCAAUGAGUUGCGUAUGAACUAUUAAUCACAACAACUAAUGUUUAUGAUUGUAGUGAUUUGUGAGU